AUGACCUCCUGGAGGUUGGUGCCUAUUACCCUGGUCCUGCUCUGCUCCAGCAUCCUCUGCUCCCUGGGCUGUGACCUGACUCAGGGACUCCAGGAAGACUUCUCACUUCUUAACCAAAUGAGCACAUUUUCCCUGGUGUCAUGUCUGAACGACAGGAUCAACUUCAACUUCCCAAAGGAAGCCCUGGAUGAAAGCCAACUCCAGAAGGAAAAUGCCACAGUCAUUGUUCUUGAGAUGGUUCAGCUGAUCUUUGCUCUCUUCAGUCAAAAUGCCACUCCUGCCACUUGGAAUCAGACCCAGGUCAUGCAACUGCUCAUUGGACUAGAUCAACAGCUGGAACAGCUGGAGAGGUGUCUUGGGCAGGAUAUAGAAUGGAAAAAGUCUUCCUUGGGAACUGAGAACUCCAAGCUUGCAUUGAAGAGCUAUUUCCAAGGAAUUAGCCAAUAUCUGCAGGGUAAAGAGUAUAGCCGCUGUGCCUGGGAGAUCAUCCGAGUAGAAAUCAGAAGAAUCUUUCUGUUCAUGAACAAACUCACAAGAAAAUUCAGGAACUAA